UGAGAGCGGACGUGUGCUUAUAACCAUGGCUCUUCUUUACAUUUCCAUUCUCUGCUUGGUGACCGUGGUGUCAUCUGUUGAGGUUGUUCCUGAGGAUCAGCCUCGCGUCAUUCACGCAGGGACGACUUUUGGGUUGAGGAAUUAUUCCUCAAUCCUCACGGUCCCCAAUGGAGAGAAGUUCGGGAUCUGGAUGUGGUCGGAGCUGUGUCCUGAGAACUUCUACGCCACGGGAUUUAGCCUGAGGAUCGAGUCUAACCAGUAUGGCAGUGAUGAUACGGCUCUGAACGGAAUCCGUCUCUUCUGCGUCCAAAAUGAAGACCGCCGCUUCAUCUACAGCGUGGAGUCUCAUACUGGACAUUUUGGUGAGUGGACAGAGCCUCAAUGGUGCCCAUCUGGUACCCUGAGCUCGUUCCAGCUGCGCGUCGAGCCGCACCAGGGCAUCUUCGGCGAUGACACGGCCGCCAACAACGUCCGCUUUCGCUGCAGCAGCAACCCAACGCUGGAGGGCCGGGGCAUGACCUGGGGCGAGUAUGGAGACUGGAGUAGUACGUGUCACAACGGGGGUAUCUGUGGCAUCCAGACCAAGAUGGAGCUGUACCAGGGCGGUCUGGACGACUCGUCACUCAACGAUGUGCGCUUCCACUGCUGCACCAAGAGCCAGAAGUGAGAUCAGAUCUCACAUUUCUCCAGAAUAAAUCUCAUAAAUCUGUUUUUUUUUUAAUUUUAAAUAACAACUGCAGAUGUAUUUAUCCUGAGAGUGCUGAGGGAUGAUUGAGUGAUAGAUGAAGCUCAUUGUUCUGAUAAUUGUCAGGAUACACUUUUCUAGCAGUUGCCAUGGAUACACCUAGAAUAAUUCGACUAUCUCUGAUGCCCAGUAUUAAUAAGCAGGAAUUAGGUGAUUAAAUGUUAAAGUAAAAUUUUGUCAUUCAUAUAAAGUAUAUGGAACUGCUGUUGUAUACUGAAUAAAGAAAAGAAAAAAAUAAUAAUUGAGAUGUGUUCUGAAAUAUGAAAAAAGGAAAUGUAUGAGGAUAUUCAAAAGUUUACAGUUUAUUUACAUUUCAACAUUAUUGGAAAUUUUAUAUCAGAUUAUAAACCCACAGACCAUAACAUCGCACCACCGCUAGGGGAUCUGAACAAUACUGAUCACCAACUAUAUAAGUGGUGACAGAAUCAUGGGCACCCAAGGCUCACCCAUGCCCAUGGAGACCAAAGGUCACACAAAAUCACAGGGAAAAAGUCAAGAUAGAAAGGCACCAGGACACCCAGUGCACCACAGCACUGCAGUCCGGCAGGCAAAGAGCCCAAGGCUGCCGACCCAGAUACCAAUCUGAUCAAGCACCAAUUCACAGUGCAAGCAAGUCGGAUCCACAUCAACAAAAAAUGAUCCACUGGUGCCAUGCAUGAUUAUUAUUAUGGCUGAUCGUUGUAUAUUUAGAGCCGAAAUAUUAUAAUGUAAUAUAAAUCAUGGGCAAGAUUACAGAUUCCCAUAUUAAAUACACAGUAUAUGAGGUUGAAUCAAAAACAUUUUCUGCUUUUUUUCCCCCCAUAAUUGAAAGUUGUUUGAUGAGUAUUCACAUUUUCAUUCCAGCUCUUGAGCGUUAAUAGAAAGGGAUCAAGCUGCGAUAAAAAUGAGCCGUUGUUGUCACUGCAAACACACUUCAAUAUUGCCGUGCUUAUCUUACACACUGGUUGUGUUGAUUUAUGGAUCAUGCAGUCAACAUCACCCAGUGGUUUUGAGUUUUUUUUUUUUUUGUUGUUGACAAAAAGGAGGCAUCAAGUGCAAACAAUGACAGGAAGUGAUGCUUCAAGAGCAAAAACAAAUGCAGAGAAUGUCACCUUCAUCUUUCCACCGUCACUGAUUUUAAGGUGUGCGUGUUAAAGACUGAGCAAUUAACACCCACUGAUUGCACAAAUCAUCAUUAGAACCAUCAUUAACAGACCAUGUUGUGCGUUUAGGAGCCGAAACAGUAGAGAAUAAAAUGCACUUAUUGUGAUUUGUUGACAUUGUUGGGUCUUUCAGCAAAAUGAUCAACUUUACACCACAUACAAGGCAAAUUUUAAAUACUAUCCACGUUAUUAAAUAUGAUCAAAUGAGAUUUUUGAAAAAAAAAAUGUGUAUCAAUAAAAGGUUUUGUCUGUA